AUGUUACCCAUGCUGCAUCCGAAUCCGUCCUCGUCCUCCUCCCCCACACCGUCCUGCUCCUCCAGCUCGUCGUCCCAUCAGCCGCCUCUUCCGCUCCACAAUCCGCACCAUCACACCCACCACAAUCAGCACAUGCAUCCCGUCCCGGGUGCGCUUUCCUCCCCGACGCCGCCCCCGAAGGUGGCGGCCGAUAUUGUGUCCGGCCUGUCCCAUCACCUCUCCAUCCUUUCCUCCUCCCCCACCUCCUCCUGUGCGUCGGCCACGUUGGGUGCGCUGGCCCAAUCUACCCAUCGCCACCAAUCGCAUCAUCUGUCGCACAAUCUGCACGACCACCAUCACCAUCACUACCUGCACCACCAUCAGCAGCAGCAGCAGCAGCAGCAGCAGCAACAACAGCAGCAGCUUCAUCAACACCAACAACAGCAGCAACAGCAGCAGCAUCGACAUCUUCAUCCUUCGCACGGCUCUCCACGGCAGUCGCCAUUGCACGGCAGCUCGCUACUGGCCGUCGCCGGGACUUCGUCGCUCGAUCAACACGCCGCUGCGUGCAGCAUCCCCGGCACCCACCAUUCCACACUCACCACCCAUCCACACACCGGCCAGGAACCGGCACAGCUUAACUUCCCGCACGCUAACCCUCACGGCCAUCUGUUCCGCUCCACGUACCGGUCCCUGUUCCGCCAUCCCGAGACAUUGCCUGCGGCGGCCGCAACCAUCACCUCCUUGCGGUCGUCUUCGCCCGCCCAUCAUUCCCCAUCAGCUACCGCUCCUCCUCCACCUCCGCCUCCUCUUCCACCUCCCCCUCCACCGCCACCAGCUCCACCUACUGCUGUGUCCGCCGCGUCCUCUACUGGUCCCAACGAGCAAAGCAAUGACAGUGGGCAGGGUGCCUCACUAGCCUGUCGAGACUGAGCACCCACACACACACAGAGACACACACACAUAUACAUUCGCGCGCACACACGCCGAUUAAACGAUUAUGAGCGAUUUUGCAGAAGAAUUUCAACGUGCGGCAAAGGCACAAACCCCGCGUUCGUGCUGUCGUACGACAAAAAAAAACAAAUCGAAGACUACGAGCGAAAAAGCGAAACAAAAAAUACGGUGGAAAAAUGUUUAAAGUGGUAGUUCUAAAAAAAAAAAACCAUUGUGAUAAUACCGUAAUACGUGUUAAUUAAAACAAAAAAUAAUUGCAAAUACCAAUUGAACCAAUAUGGGAUUAUUCGUGUAUGUAUGUAUAUUGUAUAUUUACCUGACACGUUUUACUCAAUCAAAAUGACGUCACCGGGUGGGAAACGAACCCCGCGUUUUUUAAAACAUGCUAGCCUAGCUGAAGGUUUUCAUUUUUUUCCGUUUAAUUAACUAAUCUAAUCAGCGAAUAAGUAACCCAUACAUACGAAACACUGUACUGCAAGUACUACCAAGCACAAUAAGCCACCAAAACGACGGGGACGGGAUUUGGUUGUUAAGAGAGAAGAGAGAAGACAGGGGGGAAGAAACAGGAAAAAACAAAACGGAAUCUUAUUAUUAUCCCAUUAAUUUCACUGCAGCAAAACUGAUGAACCGCGUAAAGUGCGUGGGUGGUUCUUAAUGUUUGUUUACGACCGUUCUUCGACCUUCCCCUCCCAUUAGCGUGUUGCCCUUUCGUAGCUGCGUACGCACGCACACAACGAACGGCAAUGCAAUCUCCCUCCGUAUCGGACGGAAACCGCGCGAAAUGUAUGCGCCUUUUUAGAGCUUUUUAGCAAUUACAAAUUACAAGUUUCUACUACAAACAUACUCUAAACAUGAACUAAUGAUGGCCUGAAUGUAAUCGAUAGGUGAGCAUAAUUUGUUUUAUUUUUUAUUGUAAUUCUAAUGUUUCGUUUCUGGAACUGGCUCAUGCGUUACCCGAUAGCAGGGCUAGAUAAUUACUAAUAGGCAGGUGCGGGGGUAACAGGCGCAACAUCUCUUAAAGCGUGUCAAAUGCAAUGCAGAGACUUUUUUCUUUGUUAAGGAGCGGAAUGAUGAACGUAUUUGAACGUAACGACACCACAACAAAAUACACUCGCACACAUUCACCCUAAUGCAACACCUGAUGUUACUUGUUAUGCUAUUUAUUUGUUGUCGGCACAAUAAUGCGCGAGCAAACACAACACGAAAACGAAUAAAUCGGGACAAAUAAAUGGCGGGGAGUGAGCGAAAUAAGCGAGGAUGGUGACAUGCUGCCACCAGGGAAUGCAUAUGAUGCUUUUUGUUUUGUUUUAAUGUUAACCGCGGAGUGAAGAAGCACUGGACUGGGCAGUUUUAAUCGAUAAACAGCGACAAAAUAGUACAUUGCAACCAAACCAAGCUGCGGACAGUUGUGUGAAUUUGCAAUAGAUUUACAACCUUUGUUGACCUUUGUUACAACAAACACCGAAACGAACAACAACAAACAAGCACAAAAUGCAAGCAAGCACACGAAAACAAAUGCAUGCGGGGGUUCGUCGUCUGUUAGUAAUGCAAAUUAUAUUUUGUACAGAAGAAAGCGCAGCAUUUCAAAAAAAAAGUAAAUCAUCUUCCAAAUUGGUUCUAUCAAUGAAAGGGACGCGUGUAAAAUUUAAACCAAAAACUCAACGGAGUACUUAGAUGGAUGAAGCAAUAAAAAAAAAAGAAAAAACGCGAAGGGUAGUUUGUAAAACAAAGGCUGGAAUAUUGUGGAGAAAUAAACAAAAACAGAAAAGAAAUCGUUUAGGAAAAGUGAAAAAGAAAACUAAUCAGAGUAAAGCAGAAAAUUUAACGAAUUUUGUGGAUAAAAACAAGAACAACAAAACAAAAACCAUUACGCGUUGGCUUGUGUUAGCAUUGGAUUGGAUUGAAUGUGAGAAAUUAACCACUUUGGG